AUUAAAUUAGUAAUAUUUGAUAUGUAGGGACUAAGUAAGUAAAACAACUUAUAACUGGGGACCUUUUAUGAAAUUUAUUCUAAACAAAACUUAGGCACUUCCCUUAAACCCCGAUAUAUUGUGCUACCAACUAUUUAAAAUUCUGGAUCCGCCGGUGAUCUUAGGAUUAUCAACACAUGCCAUUCAUCUUUCUUUAAUUUCUUUCUUGGCUAUCGAGAUCUGUUUUUUUCUAGGAUUUGCGAUUCUUGUGGUGGGAGCAUUUGUGCACCCAGCGUUUUACCAUCAAUUGCUGUUCGGUGGAGGAGUAGCUUUUUGCUUCAUUCAUGCAUUCUGUGCUUUUGGCUACUUUUUGAGUGUACACGCGCUCUGCCCCCAAAUUUUGUCCCUGUUUUAGCCUGAGCUAUGGAAAUCAGUAUAGGCACAGAAGCACAAAAGUAUGUUUGGGGAGGAGCAAUUCCACUGCAGAUUCAUCUUCACGAAUCCGAAGUCACCACUCUGCCUCUUCCUCCCCCGGCUCUCAUUCUAGCUCCUCGGUUAGGGUAUCUACCUCUAUUAGCUUCACAAGUUAAACCUUUCUUCAGUGGUGCACUACCGCCAGGUGUGGACACUGUUUGGUUUGAGUACAAGGGGCUUCCUCUGAAAUGGUAUAUACCUAUUGGGGUACUCUUUGAUCUUCUCUGUGCAGAACCAGAAAGACCAUGGAAUCUAACGAUGGACCUUAGCAGCUUAGCCGUCGGUGGACUGGACGUCCUUCAUAAUUUUACUGGGUUUGGUAACAUACUGUGCAGCUGGCAUCGAGUUGUUAUUUUCUUUGUGGUUCCAUUUGGGACAUGGGUUUAACACAUUUGGCUGAGCCGAUCGAACUCGGUUCAUAUCAUUUAAAAAGUAUAUUACCUUAUGUGGCACACUGGUAAUCAAUGUGUACAUCAUUCAAUCUAUGCAGAUUAAUCUGUUGUGAAUCUUUAGCACUUUCUUUAUUUAAGGCAGCUGCUUGAAAUGUAGACAAUGAUUUUAGUUCAAGAAGUAACGUGUUGAUGUUACUUGAUUGUGUGUCCGUGCGUGAAUUAUUGGGAUUCAACCGGGGGUUACGUACUUGCAUCCACUCUAUCAUUCGAAAACCUUCAUGAUCCGUUUGCUUCGGGAUGAACUUAAGUUAACAUGAUGAGCUUGAGUCUUGAUUCAAUAAAACUAGCCAACCUAGGUUAACCUAGGCUAAUCGCUAACAAGUUGUUUGGAUGAACCUUCUCGGGCUCAUUAAAGACUAUUAUACCUUUAAAAACAUACAAAGAUACAAUAUUUUGCGGAGUAAGAAAAAGGUACUCCCUCUGUCCCUAUAUUAGUGCCUCAUUUGAAAUUUGUUUAAAAGAGAAAGAAAUAAUGGGUGUCACAUAUUGCUAUCAUUAAAAAGAAAUUGAUGAUGAUUUUAGUAAAAGACGUAAAAAUUAUGUGUGUGGUUUAUUUAUGGAUGAAGUAUUAUAUAUAAUUCUAUAUAUACAUACUUUAUCCCUAGAAGACCUUGUUUGCAUGCGCAUGAAUCCUCAUGUACGAAUGCGAGAUUGGCAAUCAUAGUUCAUUGCAAUGUACUUUUUUGCUAGAGCCGGGGUCUUUCGGAACCAACUCAUCCACAUUCUCUAGGUAGGGGUAAUGUUUGUGUACAUCUACCCUCUCCUGACCCCAUUCGUGGGACAAUAUUGGGUUGUUGUUGUUGCAAUGUACUUUUAUGUUUUGGGUAAUGCACUUUCAUAGAAAGGUUUUGUUUAUUUAGUAGUUUGCCACCAUGUUUUUUAGUCAUCCCUUAAUUUUUAGUGAUUCAGAGCCCUAAAGGACCAUAUUGAUCCCAAAUUUUCAAAUAAGCGGUAAUUCUCAUUUGUUCACACAUCCACACACACACACACACACUCUUCCUCUGUUCCAAUUUAUCUUGCGUGUUUUUCUCUUUCGUCCGUUCCAAUUUGGCAUAAAUGGAAACGCAUGUUGCUUAAUGUUUCUCUCCCCUCUAUACAAAUCUCAUCCACACAGACACAGUUUUCGAUAUAGUCUGUUUGGGAAGGGGGGAAAUGACAUCGGGAAGUCAUUUUCCUAUUUUUUGGUAUUUGGUUUCGGAAAAUAGGGGUCAAUAUAAAUGAUUUAUGAAGUUAACGGAAGAUAACCCUUAUUUGGAGGAGGAAAAUGAUUUUGAUUUUUUUGGUGGAAGACAUUUUCUGCCGUUCUCCAACUUCUUAGAUCCAUACUCAUCACCUUCAAAUAUGUUAUAACAAUAAAAUAAGUUUUUUUUCAUUUUCCAAACUUUCUGCCAAGCACUAGAAAGUAAAUUUAUAUUCCAGAAAUCAUUUUCAGAACUCAUUUUUGGAAGCCGUUUUCCUUCAUUCCAAAUGGACCCUUAAUAAAAAAUGUGCCAGUCAAACUUGGCACAUUGAUUUGGGAUACAGGGAGUAUAUAUCUUUGUAUGUUUCUUAUCUGCUCUUGUUCUUCACAUUUGGGGAAAGUCUUGACUCUGCCUCUUAUUCUUCAAAUUUUGGUCUUUAGAGUUUUACAUUAAUAUAUUAUACAUUGGAAGGACUUUGUAAAUAUAUAAACAUACCUGGAUGAAGUUAUGGACUUAUAUCUGCAAUAUAUAUAAAAAUUAAAAGCUUGAUAAAGCUCAUUAGCCACUCGAGACAUUAAGAUUAUUGGAUUUCGCUUGACUUGUUUCUCUUUACCAUUUUUGGGCUUCACAGGAAGGUAUCUGAAUCAGAUCUGAGUAUUCUUCAACUCUAUUCUGUGUGGCUCACAAUUACUUUGACAUACACCACUUGUAGAGUUGU